UGUAAAGUUCAGUGUGAAAGUGAGUGUAGCAGCGUGUGGGUGUGUGUGAGAGGCUCCUCUGUCUCUGGUCUCACUGGCUCCCACCACAGUGCCACUGCUCACACAACACUAACAAGCAACCCUCAGUACCAUCCAUCUCUCACUGCUCCUUACCUCUCCGGAGAAGAGUGCGGCAAGUUAGAGGAGAAGAGUGCGGCAAGUUAGAGGAGAAGAGUGCGGCAAGUUAGAGGAGAAGAAAUGGAAGAGAGGCGACACAGGCGACGUGUAGUGAUGAACGGGAAGUGAGGAAGCAAAUGAGGUUAAAGUGCUGGUUGGAAGUGUAAUGGCUGAGGUGGUAACUAAGAAGUGAAGUGUAGGGUGAGAGAAGUGAAGGAGGUGGUGUGGACGCAUGUCAUAUCCUCGUUACCUUGACAACCCAGCCUCCUGGUAGACAUCACAAACCUGCCAUUACUACUACCCCCCAGUCUACUACUACCUUAGUAGACAUCACAAACCUUCCAUCACUACCACCCCUCAGUCCACCACUACUACAUUCUUUGCACCACCAGUUUUAUAAGUCUGUCAAUAACUAUGCAUAGACAACUGUGAAUGGCAUUCUUGAUGCUGAAUAUAUAAAGAGAAAAAUAAACAUUUUGGAUGAGUAACACACAAUGUUCUGACACGAGUGAAGAAAAAACUAUGGAGUCGGGAAAGUGAAGAGUGGAGUUGAUACUGCAGGCAGUGUAAGAUGGUUAUACCUAGAGGAGAGCAAUGAGGAAAGUGCCAGUGGAAGUGAGCAAGUGUUGAUGUAAGGUGGAACAAGCCAGGACACUGACCACUGUCUUCCACCAUGGAAAGAUACCUACUGCCUCCCUCUCUGCUGUUUCUGCUGCUGCUGCUGCAAGGCUGCUUAGCCCUGUGGCUCGGGGAAUGUAACAAGCCGCUGGGAGUGUCCACUGAUGAACUUCACGACUCUGCCCUGACAGCUUCCUCUGCCCACGACCACAUUGUGGGUCCUCACAGAGCCAGGCUAGGUAUGGAGGGCGGGGGAGGUGCCUGGUGCCCACGCUCAGCGGUCGACACCCGUCAGGAAGAGUGGCUGGAGGUUGACCUGGGAGCCCCGAGGCUGGUGACAGCAGUAGCCACACAGGGUCGACACGCCAAUGGUCAGGGUGUGGAGUACACCCCAGCCUACACCCUCAGUUACUGGCGGCCAGGCAUGGCCACCUUCGCGUACUACUCAGUACACCCUAACCUCGCAAACAAGGUAAGUGGGCCAACACUUGCUAGACCUCACAAACAAGUGUACCAACACUUGCUAGACCUCACAAACAAGUGUACCAACACUUAUGGUACACUGUCUUCAGUGUCCUCCUACCAUCUUCCAGCUGGUACACCGUCUUCAGUAUCCUCUCCUACCAUCUUCCAGAUGGUACACUGUCUUCAGUGUCCUCUCCUACCAUCUUCCAGCUGGUACACCGUCUUCAGUAUCCUCUCCUACCAUCUUCCAGAUGGUACAGUCUUCAGUGUCCUCUCCUACCAUCUUCCAGCUGGUACACCGUCUUCAGUAUCCUCUCCUACCAUCUUCCAGAUGGUGUGCCAAGGCCACAGCUCACGUCAGGAACUGAUUCCACUGACCAUUCCCACACUAGACCUUCCCUCACCAGACCUUCCCUCACCAGACCUUCCUUCACCAGACUUUCCCUCACCAACCUUCCCUCACCAACCUUCCCUCACCAGACCUUCCCUCACCAGACCUUCCUUCACCAGACUUUCCCUCACCAGACUUUCCCUCAACAGACCUUCCUUCACCAAACCUUCCUUCACCAGAUCUUCCUUCACCAGACCUUCCUUCACCAGACCUUCCCUCACCAACCUUCCCUCACCAACCUUCCCUCACCAGACCUUCCCUCAUCAGACCUUCCUUCACCAAACCUUCCUUCACCAGAUCUUCCUUCAUCAGACCUUCCCUCACCAGACCUUCCCUCACCAACCUUCCCUCACCAGGCCUUCCCUCAUCAGACCUUCCCUCACCAGACCUUCCCUCACCAGACCUUCCUUCACCAGACCUUCCCUCAUCAGACCUUCCCUCACCAAACCUUCCCUCAUCAGACCUUCCCUCACCAGACCUUCAUUCACCAGACCUUCCCUCACCAACCUUCCCUCACCAGACCUUCCCUCAUCAGACCUUCCCUCACCAGACCCUCUCACACCAUACUUUGCCUCUCCCACCAUUCCCUCACUAUACAGCACAUCUCCCAGCCAUACACUUCCUGGUAAUAUGGAAGACAUUGGUGGGGGGGGGUCCUGGUGUGGUGUGGGGGAGUGGCUGCGACGCAGGAGAGGCAAAACCUCGUCUCCCAGGGUCUUCCGCCGCCCACCUCCGGAUACCCUCGACAUGAAGAGCCUGAUGGAAGGCGUGGGUGUGGGCGUGAACAUCCUGGGAAGCACCACGCCCACCUACGAGGAGGGGAGCUGCUUGCUGUAUGAUGACCUGCAGAAGACACCCCUGGUGACACCCUACAACACCCUCCGAGCCUCUACCCCUGACGCAGCCCCUGUCUACUCUACCCCUGACGCAGCUCCUGUCUACUCCAUCUCUGACUCAGCCCCUGUCUACGCCACCCCUACCGCCCUCAGACCCUCCUCCACCUUCCCCUGCACCUCUUCCUUCACGCCCAUACCCCGCCCUGUCACCCUCGCCUCCAUCUCCAGACCACACCAAACACUAUCACGCCCGCCGCCCAUCCCGCCUACAUCUGAGAAGUGCAACACACAGAUCCAGGUUGCGUCCGUGACUGGUCCGUGGCUGACGUGCGUGUACAGGCAGGACCCUGGACGUCUGGUCACGCCCACACCCACGCCCACGCUGGCCCCGGAGCGCAUUACCCGGACGGGCGUGCUGGCUUCUGGGGCUUUCGCUACGCUGUCAGUGGGCGUGGUCAGUGAAGAUGGAUCACAGGAGGAGGGUGAGAGGGCGGCCCCGCCCACCCGGCACGCCGCCCUUGUCACUGUCACCGCCCACCAGGCCGCCCCAGCAGCUACACGGCACGCACAGUUGUUAUCAAGUUUGGAUAACGAGAACAUAACUCGGUUACUUGGGGUGGUGGUGGGCGGUCCUGUGGGCGUGACACUGGUGCUGGAGUACCAACCCGACGCCCAUCUUCCUGAGUACCUCCACGCCCGUACUCUCGCCCCCACCGAGUACGCCCACGCCCAUGCUACUGCCACCCACCCAGGUCAACACACGGGUACUGUUAUAAGCGUGAGUGGACUAGUUGGUGUGGUGGUGCAGGUAGCAGCAGGCAUGGCCUUCCUCGAGUCUCACAGAGUCUCUCACACCGACCUGGCCGCCAGAAACAUUGUGGUGAUGGGCGGCAGCGUGGGUGGCCACGUGGGCGUGGUGAAGGUCACACAGGUGGGAUCAGCGCUGCCUCGCUACUCUGCUGACUACUGGCGGCCUCCUGACGGUCGUGGACCAGCGCCGCUACGAUGGUGCAGCCCAGAGACCCUGUGUCAGGGCACCUUUAGCUCUCCUGCAGAUGUCUGGUCCUUCGGCGUCACUCUGUGGGAGAUCCUGACGCUGGCUCGCCGACGGCCCCAUCACCACCUCUGUGACGACCUUCUCUUCCACGCCCUCCUUUCCACGCACGCCCACGCCCACCCAUCCACACCCGUCAGUGAUACCUACGCCACUCCUCAGGUAGUGUUGAGUCCUCCAGGGUGGUGCCCUAGAGAGGUGCAGGAGGUGAUGACUGAGUGCUGGCGGCCACACCCUGCACAGAGGCCCACCUUCAGCUCUAUCCACGCCAGGCUGGCAGCCUACGCCCUUUCCCACGACUAACUAGCCUCGGGCAAGCCUCACUCCAGCCUGCCCAGGACCAUGGCUGACUGCAAGAACGCCAUCACAACUAUACAUAUCGAGCAAGCAACUGUGUGCCAAGUAUUUGAAGCGAAGGAUAAAGAUGUGCCAAGUAGGAUUAAGUAACUUAAUGAAGUGUACACUACUGAAUAAUUGGUCGCAUUUCUUUAAAGUUUUAAUGUAAAAGAAGAGUGCUUUGCACUAAGUCUCUGCAUAAACAAAAAGACGAGAGACAAGACAGCAGAACUAGUGUUUAACUUCUCCAAGCGGAGGCUCAACAUUUUGUUACUCAGCAGCAAGAUAACUUAAGAGACAUUUUCUUUUCCUCGAGCUUCCUUUCCUUGCUGGAUUAUGUACAUACCUUAAAGUCAAGUUCCUGGAUAAUGACUGUGUAAACAAAGCAGCAGCCAAGUUGACUCUCCAAACAGAGCGAGACAAGGUUAGGUAAGAAGCUUAGCGCUUAUCGCUACCAUCCUUGGCUAGAACAAUAUACACCCAGGUGUAUGUCUGUGAAUAUCAUUGAGAGUUUACUUUAAUCCCUAUUCUAGUGAUUCAGGUAUCCUUGAUUUUAAUGUUCGGGUGAAUUGCAGCCAUUAACGACAAACGUGCAAUCCAUAGGCUUUAAACCAAACAAACUUGAUUCAGGUCAGUGACAUUAGUGCUGUUGAUUUCAUGUCUAACAUGUGUUAUUGGUCUGAAUCCUCUGUAUCGGUACUGUCAUCAGCUGUGCUUUAACCGGGCUUCUGAGCUACCAUAAGGUUCUAGAUCCCAUCGAUGUCAACUAGAAUUUGAACCAAAGUCUUUAGUUCCCUAAGUCUCUAGCUCUUUCAACUGAAAAAUACAUUAUGAGGCCGUCAAUUUGGGUUUCAUUUCAAAAUCUAAACUCUGAAGUAUUUCUUCAGUGAAAUUCGAGACAGUUUUGGCACGGCUAAUUAGAUCUUUAACUACGUCAAGUCAUCUGUAUAAGAGACACUAAUAAAACAUUAGAUAACUUUAUUAUGGAAACUCUUCGCCCACUCGAAGUGUGAUCUUUUUUAGAGAGACAGAAAAGCAGGGGAAUAUAUAUUGUAGCGCUGAGAUCCGUUGUGAAGGCGCUGGAUAUAUUUUUAACCACCUUGCUGUCGGGGAUGAUGACAAAUGUUUGUAGAGGUUUGCUUAGAAAGAGAAUUUUCACAAAUGUUGUUGUUUAGAGUCUGCGGUUAUUACUCUUGUCAAUACAGCUGCACAGAGUACUAGAGGCUGCAAUAUCUCUAGUGAUUUGAGGCCGUCAGGACACAGCUCUCAGCCUACGUCAUUUAGUAUAAUGUUCGCCCAGGCUACACUAACCUCCACGCACCUAUACUAUAUUUCCAUGUUUUUCCUGUCUUUCUUUGGAUUGCUAAAGUACCUAAUAGACGAAACGUUUCCAGAAUAAAUUUAUCUUAAGUUGCAUAUACAUUAGUCGGUAUUAUAUGCCUUGUUUCUGAGACCAAGUCACCUGUUGCUACUGUUAUCAACUGUGGCGGCGUCCCUUCCUGGGACAUCUCUCCUCCCCCGAGGGGCGUCUAGUACUCUGGUACCGUUCACUGAUACCAGUACCUCACCCAAGACCCUUGUGAACGUGACUGACUCCAAUCACUGUACCUUGAACUAUGACCUGACUUACGCUGCCAUCAAUCAAGCCCCUGAAUUCACUGUAAUGCUGUCAACGCGUGUGUGUAAAAUUGAUGGGAUCCCAUGAAUAAUUUUUAGUAAGGAACCUACGAGUUAUAAUUAUUAUUGGGCCCUCGCAGAGUCGUCAGCAUAGUGAACUAAUGUCAGAAAGGUGAUCCUACUAAAAAUGUCAGAUAAUGGCUCCUGCAAGAGAGAUCAGCUAAGAAAACCCGCAAGACAGGUCAGCUAGAGUUCUACAGAACUUGUACGUACGAAGAUUCAGUAUAGAAACUCAACAAGUGGACCUUGAGCUUUACUUCAGGUGAAGGAUCCAGUUCUAUUACUGAAGAGGACCUUAAAUAUACUAUCAGGCGAGGGAUCCUAAGUAUAUUUUUUAUGAGGAGCAGCACAUGCAUUAUCAGAUGAGAGACCUUAAAUGUAAUAUGAGGGACCUUAAAUGUAAUAUGAGGGACCUUAAAUGUAAUAUGAGGGACCUUAAAUGUAAUGUGAGGGACCUUAAAUGCAAUAUGAGGGACCUUAAAUAAGAGAUGAGGGAUCUUUAAUAGAAGGGGGACCUUUAAUAUGAUGAGGGACCUUAAAUGCAAUACGAGAGAUAUUUGAUGUAAGAAGAGGGACUUUAAAUGAAAAGUGAGGGAUUUUUAAUAUAAGAGGGACCUUAAAUGUAAGAUAAGGGACCUUAAAUGUAAGAUAAGGAACCUUAAAUGUAAGAUAAGGGAUCUUUAAUGUAAUAUUAGGCGAGGGAUUUGUAUUAUAAGUAUAUCAGUUCAGGGACCCUGUAUAUCGCCUCAUUCAAUACACUACUGAGAAUUUUAACUACUACUAACAAUUUCUUCGGUACCUGGACAAUAGAUUUUUAAGGGUAGGCUAGUAUAUAAUUUCCAUAAAUUAUUCUCACUAAACGGCUAAUGCAUUCCACUGAGCUGUUGCAGUUGGUGGUCAGACAAUGGUUCGUGUGUGUGUGUGUGUGAGUUGCAGUGCCACGACGCUGUCAUCGUGACCAAAGUGAAAGAAAUAACAUAGUUAAGUGUAUUCAAAGGAAAAUAAUAAAAAAAAUUGCCUGCAUAUAGAAACAGAAAUAAGGAAAGAUAUAUACAUAUAUAUUUCGACCUCGGAUAGAGAUCAUCUUUUCUUCAUGUGUGUUUCUACAUGUGGUUCCUUACUUUGUAGUGACAAGUGUUUGUAUAACACUUUUGAUGCUCCAGGUGUUUAUAUAACACGUUUGAUGCUCCAUGUGUUUGUAUAACACGUUUGAUGCUACGGGUGUUUGUAUAACACGUUUGAUGCUCCAUGUGUUUGUAUAACACGUUUGAUGCUCUGGGUGUUUGUAUAACACGUUUGAUGCUCCAGGUGCUUGUAUAACACGUUUGAUGCUCCAUGUGUUUGUAUAACACGUUUGAUGCUCCAGGUGUUAGUAUAACACAUUUGAUGCUCCAGGUGUUAGUAUAACACUUUUGAUGCUCCUACAUAGCUUAGUGUGUUUAAUGUUUUUUAGAAAUUACUGUAUUUUAGAAAUGUGUUUUUAAAUACAUCUCCCCAUUAUAUUUUGGACGUUUAAGCACUUUACACGUUUCUAGUCAUGUGGGCAGGCCUUGUUAGUGACGAGGUAUGCAGUAUUUUUCUGGUUACUCUUUUCUUGUACUCAUUUUUACAUUCAUAAAUUGUUUUGUAUAUGACAAGUCUUCCGUGUUUAGGUCACUCAGAUAACUGUAGUUGUAACCUCAUAUUUCAAGAAUACAUAGUGGAGGGUCAUUGUGUUAAUGUGAAUACCGUUGUCAGUGGCACACUGGUUGCUGGCCACCUAUAGCUGUUCUUGUAGCUGGUAGAAGAGGGAAGCAACUGCGUUUUGCACUUGUCAGGGUCCAACUCCCUCGUGUACACAAGAUAACAAGUGUACGUUUGGAUAAUAAAAGCCACAGUACAGUGACUUAAACAAUUCAAAACUAAUCUAACCACGAAACGGGUGGGAUUAGAACCCAUGGCGAGCAAGUCGUAAAACUCCAGGCCACUGCGUAAACCGCUGGGCCAGCUGGUUACAAAAAAAAAAAAAAUAAUCCAACUAGGUAUAUUUAUACACCAUAAGGAGGUUACCUAGUUGGAUGAAUAUUAUUGUAGCCAGGUGGCCAAGUCGCUUACAUACUAACCUGGAGUUUUAAGACUCAUUCGCCAUGGGUUCAAAACCUACCCGUUCCGUGGUUUGUUUACAAUCGUAUUAUUACGAUUUCGUGAGUCAGUUCAAAACUUACAAACUGAAAAUGAAACUAAAUGAAAUUUCGGUCCUUCCUGAAUGAUUCACUCGACGAUGAUACACGAAGGACGGAAACGUUAUCAAGUUUCACAUGCAAUUAAUGGUUUAGCUGUAGAGUACAAGCACAAGGUGUACUGGUGAGGUGAGGUGGCGGCCACACGGCAGUGAAAACGCCAGAGUGUAGUGAUGCAGUGUGCAGUUAAAAUGCUUUAUUGUUUACCACGGAACAUUGCACGUUCGUCUGGUCUGACAGAGCAAGAGCAGAGCAGUGCAGGGAAGACUAGCAGCCUCGGGCCGUAGCAACGGCUCGACAAAAUGCUGAAAACGAGUUAUAACAAGAGACGCAGAGAGAGAAAGAGAGAGAGAGAGAGAGAGAGAGAGAGAGAGAGAGCAUCCCUAUCCUAGUUCCUGACACAGCAACAUGGUAGCCACCACCUGCACCCACCACUGUACCUCGCUCUGCUCUUAAUAAACAUCGAAAUCAA